UGAUGUCCUAUAAAGCCAAUGCGAAAACCCCAACCAUUUUAACAUUGACUUUAAAAUUACGAAAUGGGAUCGGGGUGGUCGGAAGAGCAGGCUGCGCAGCCGCAGCCGCAGCAGCAGUCAGCCGCUGCCAAUGCCGCUGUAAGAAGCAACGAGCACAGCAGUGGCAACUCGAGUGAUAAUAAUUUGAAGGAAGAAAAAGAGAAGGUGGUGAAAGGGAAAUUAGAAGAAGAAAUGAAGUUGGGUCAUGGCUUUGAAGAUAUUUUGAAAUAUGCAGACUUGCCAGUGGAUAGAUCCUCCCUGGAAAAGCUUCAUGAACAACUCUAUGUUGGUAUCUUCUUGAACAAACGAACUAAGAAAUAUUGGUUAGAUAAGAAUUUGAAGAGUAACUGUUUCAUGCUAUUUCCAAGAGCUCUCUCAAUAACUUGGGCUGAAGAGAAUAAGUAUUGGAGAUGGAGACCCUUGCAAGACUCCAGUAAUACGAUUGAAGUCGUGGAGCUUAUGAAUGUAUGCUGGCUCGAAAUCCAUGGGAAGAUGAAGACAUGUGAGCUCUCACCCGGAAUUUGUUAUGAAGCAGCAUUUGAAGUAAUGAUAAAAGACCCAGCCUAUGGAUGGGAUAUUCCGGUCAACGUUCGAGUUAAAAAGCCAGAUGGGAGCAAGCAAGAGCAUCAAGAAAAUUUAGAGCAGAGGCCUCGAGGGCGGUGGUUCGAGAUUCCAAUAGGCAAUUUCAUUGUUCGUGAUCAUGAGAGGGGAGGGGAGAUUGAGUUCUGCAUGUUUGAAUAUGAAGGAGGGAUGUGGAAGAAAGGGAUGGUCCUAAAAGGUGUUGUGAUUCGAUCAAAGGGGUAAAUAUGGAUUGCACUAUAAGCUUUAUGUUGCACACAAACUCUAAAACUAUCAAAUUCAAAAGACUCAUUCUUAAAUAA